UCCGUAAUUGACUAAUGACUUUUCGCGUAUUGUUAUUUAUUUUCCGUGAUUUUCCAAAUGCUAGUAUUAUAGGGCCUGUUUCAUCAACAUUAGUGGAUUCAGUUUUAUUCUAAAGUAUUAAUUUGAAGAAAAGUUAUAGUUACAUUGUUUCAAGCAAGAAACUUUCCUAAUACGUGGAUAACACUUGGAUCGUCUCGGAAACAGUUAGGUUGCUUAGCCAAAAUAAAUAGAGUAACGGGCUUCCCGUUAACACUUGAACGCAAGACGUUAUUAUGCCUCAUGAUUUGAAGGGACUGGCUGCGAGGAAAGCUUUAAUGGCUCCUUUAUCGCCCACCCCUUGUGCAGAGAUCAGCGAUGAUGAGCUGGUGUCCAUUUCUGUUCGGGAUCUCAAUCGACAGCUUAAGAUGAGAGGGCUCAGCCGGGAUCAGAUUAUCAAAAUGAAACAGCGUCGCCGAACCCUCAAAAAUCGUGGCUAUGCCGCCUCGUGUCGAAUCAAACGAAUAGAACAGAAAGAUGAACUGGAGACGGAAAAAAGCCAAGAAUGGCACGAUAUGGAAUCAAUGCAAGAGGAGAACGGACGCAUCCGCGAAGAGAUCGAUGCGCUCAGAAGUAAAUACGACGCGCUCAAACGGUUCGCCCACCUCAAAAGCAUUCCCUUACCUCCCGAGCUAGAUAUGCUGCCGUGAUUUACCUGUUACCUGUAGCCGCAGUGCAAGAUUCGAGGAGUCGUUUGCGAAUUUCCAACUCUGUAUCGUCAGAGUGAAAUGGAUCUACGGAUGGAUGGCUUCGACGGUGGGUAGGGUUGCCAGACGGUCGGCAAUUGGCGGGAUUCUCCCCAAUUUUUGUAUGUCCUCCCGACUCCCGACAAAGCAAAUAAUCACCCGAAAAACAAGUUCGAUGAUUUUAA